AUGUACUCCGCUGCCGUCAAGACCAAGGGAUCAUACAUGGACAACAUCUUUGGGUUCAUUGAUGGCAGCAAGUUUGAAACAUGCCGCAUCACUCAGAAGCGCGAACGUGUUGCAUCAAGUUUUGCCGACCUGCAGCGGUUGAUCUACAGCGGCCACAAGCGCAGACACUGCCUGAAUUUUCAGGCAGUGACUGCUCCAGACGGACUGUGUGAGCACUUUUGGGGGGCAGUCCAGGGGCUGAGCAAACUCGAAGCGUAUUUGGACGCUAGGCGCGAUUUAUUUCGCGACUUUUUGGUUUAUGGUGACCCGGCGAAUGGCGUGUUGGAGUGGAUUUGCUCCGGCUACAAAGGCAGUGAUCUGGACGACAGAAGGAACGAGUUUAACUCGUCCAUGGGCAAACUACCAAAUGAUGGCAACUAA